UCAGGACUUUGUGCAUCAGGUGACGGUCCGUGAUGACUGCGCUGACGUUUGAGGUGGUGGAUGCGUUUGCCAAGCAAGGCACGGUUCAGUGGCAACCCGGCCUGCGUGGUGGUGCUUGGCGAGCAGGAGGGCGCCAACGAUGUCACCGACGACUUUAUGCAGAAGUUUGCCAGGGAGAUGAACUUGUCGGAGACUGCAUAUUUGAGGAAGGAAUCAGGAAGCGACAACACAUACUCGAUCCGCUGGUUCACCCCUGCCAUCGAGGUGGAUCUGUGCGGCCAUGCAACUCUGGCAGCUGCACACACGCUCUUCUCCAGAGGACAUGUGACUGGCGACUCCGUGACCUUCUCCAGCAAGAGCGGACCUCUCGCAGCUCGCCGUGCCGAAGGGGGUCUGAUUGAGCUGGACUUUCCACAAGAGCGCGUGGCAGCGGAUGCAGAGGCACCACCAGCGCUGCUGAAGAGCCUGAACUUCACGGUGGAGGACGUGGCGUUUGUUGGCAAGAACAGGAUGGACUACUUUGUGGCCAUUGCAGGUGGCCAGCCCGCCAUCGCCGCCCUCGCUCCAGACUUUACCCUCAUGAGGACCAUCAAGACCCGCUGCGUGAUUGUCACGAGCCGUUGUGACGAUGAUGAUUCCGAAUACGACGUCGUAUCUCGCGUCUUCGCCCCAGCCGCUGGCAUUGACGAGGACGCGGUGACGGGCAGUGCUCACAGUGCCAUUGGGCCAUAUUGGGCCGACAAGCUUGGCAAGGCUUCCCUCGUCGCUCGCCAGGCGUCUGCGCGUGACGGAACGCUCCACCUGACGGUAAAGGACAACGGCAGGAUUCUCAUCAAGGGCAACGCCGUCACGGUCACACGUGGCGAGCUGCUGCCACAGGAGCAAUGAGUGAUGCGUGACUCUUCUGUUGUGAUGGUGGUGGUGGUUGUGGUGGUUGUGGUGACUGUCAAGUGACAUUCGGGCACAUGUUGGUGUGAUUGGGGUUGCUCCUUCUGGCAAUUGAUGGUGCUGACGUGCGGUUGUGUUGCAAUGCGUUGUCGACGCGUUCAUUGGAGG